AGGCUAUACCAUCAGACUCAAACAGCAGCAGAAAUCCAGCCAUCAUGAAGAAACUCAGGGAGAGUCAAGUUAUUUCAGCUGAACUCACUUUCGGCCUGGUGCUCAUCACUGCGUAUCAGAUUAUUCAGCAGAACAUACUCUCUCCAGAGAGUCAAAUCCCUAGCGAUGCUCCAUCCGGAUUUACCUGCUCACUGGUUUGUGUGUGGUUUGCAAGUAAUGUGAAAUUUCUGCUGUUUAAAAGUGAUAGUAGUCAGCAUUCUCUUUUUGCCCAUUCCAUCUCGCGGCUUGUGGCUUUUCUGGCACUGCUGGGCGCCCGCUGUAAAUGGUGUAAAAUCAGAGGAGAACAAGAGCAAACGACUGUCUUGAGCGCACUGCUGUUGUGCUUCUUUGUAGUGAGCAGUCUGAUUGUUAUGGCCUUAGGUCACAGUCAUUCCAAAGGAUCUCUGGGAAAAUUGGCUAUUUUCCUGGAACCACAGAGGUUUUUCCUGCAAAUGGACUCCUUUAGCUAUUUAAUUUCCGGGCUCUUGUGGCUGAUGUGUCCGGGGUGGCUGCUGGGCACAGAGAUCAGAUCUGAGGAGAAUCUUCAGCUGUAUCUCAGCCGCGCCUUCGGAGCCAUGAUGGUUGGUGACAGCUUAGCGUCGUUCACUACCCAGAGCCAGCUGGACACGGCCGAGGCAUCUGUCUACAGCAGCCGCACCGCGGGAACAGUGCUGUUGCUGCUGAUGCUGGUGCUCCAUAACCAGCUGACAGCUUCGUCCUGGGCUGGUGUCCCGGUCUCGCUCGUCCUGCUCGCGGCUGCUUUCUGGACUGUAAACUCUAUUCUGGGCUGUCUCUCUUCCAGAGAUAUCCACGCUGGAGCUUCUGCAGAGAAGAUCUACGAACAGGCUCUGCAGGGAACGAGGAAAUCACGGUUAUUACAGCGCGGUGUGACACUCUGAGGACCACGGAGAUGAUACGGUUAUUUUAACCCUUUAACCCUCCAGACAGGAGCUGCUGCUGGAACACCGCAGCCAUGCUUGACUUUACGUUCAGCAUAAAGAGCAUAAAGAGCACUGCUGCUGGUUUAAUUUAUGUAUUUAUUUAUUUUUAAUUGAGGAAAUUGUGAAACUUCACACUAGACCUCGAGCAGUUUGGACUGUGUGUCUCUCCACUCUUCCUCCAGACUCUGCUCCCUUGAUUUCCUUUAAAUGAAAUGUUAAAUUUACUGAUGAUCAGUGAUGGUUUGGAGAGACAUGUCUGUCAUCUGCUGGUGUUGAUCCACUGUGUUUUAUUAUCAAGUCUAAAGUCAGUGCAGUUUUGUUUUCCCACAAAAUCUUACAGCUUCCCUCUCCUACUGAUAACUUUUAUGGAGAUGCAGAUUUCAUUUUCCAGCAGGACUUGGCACACUGCCCACACUGCCAAAAGUACCAAACUGAUUUUUGGGUUUUCAUUGGCUGUUAAUAAUCAUCAACAAAAUGUAAUAGACACUUAAAGUUGAGUACUCUGUGUGUAAUACAUCUACAGGGGUUGGACAAUGAAACUGAAACACCUGUCAUCAUUUUAGUGUGGGAUUUUAGGUUUCAUGGCUAAAUUGGAGCAGCCUGGUGGCCAAUCUUCAUUAAUUGCACAUUGCACCAGUAAGAGCUGUAAGAGUGUGAAGGUUCAAUUAUCAGGGUAAGAGCACAGUUCUGCUCUAAAUACUGCAAUGCACACAACAUUAUGGGAGACAUACCAGAGUUCAAAAGAGGACAAAUUGUUGGUGCACGUCUUGCUGGAGCAUCUGUGACCAAGACAGCAAGUCUUUGUGAUGCAUCAAGAGCCACGGUAUCCAGGGUAAUGUCAGCAUACCACCAAGAAGAACCAACCACAUCCAACAGGAUUAACUGUGGACUCUGUAAGAGGAAGCUGUCUGAAAGGGAUGUUCGGGUGCUAACCCGGAUUGUAUCCAAAAAACAUAAAACCACGGCUGAUCAAAUCACGCAGAAUUCAAUGUGCACCUCAACUCUCCUGUUUCCACCAGAACUGUCCGUCACUACAAUCAAUUAUUGUGCUCUAAAAGCAGCUGUUUUAGUUUCAUUGUCCAACCCCUGUGUGUUAUAUAUAAGUUUUACAUUUUGAACAGAAUUACUGAAAUAACGUAACUUUUUAAGGAUUUAUGAGUAUGAUAUGGUAUUGUAUAUUGCUGAAGGCAGUAGUCGUACUCAUGGGUAAGCCUGAAAAUGUUGGAUUUUAUAAACUGAAUAUGAGAUGCUCUUUGGCCCUUUGGUGGAUGGUAAGCAGAUCUCUUUAAGAUUCAGUAUCCAUUGCAUUACUGAAUAUGAGUCAUCAUUUGCCCUCUGACAGAGUCUCCCAUGAAACCAUCUCAUCCACACCACUGACUCAGGAGCUUCUAGGCAGCUUUUGCCUUUUUACACACAGUGCUUCUUACCUUAGUUCUUUACUUGCAGAAGUUCUACUUUAGAGUUUGGAGUGUUCAUCCCCCUCCCCCCCUCGCCUGAUUUUCCCACCACUAUCAAGUACCAACAAGUAUUAUAUGCUCUGUAA